UACAGUUUGGCACCAGCAGCGACGUAGGACGCCUUAGGGGCUCCAGCUCCGGAUUUUUUUUUCCUCGGAGUUUACUCCCGAAGCUUUCCCCGUGGGUGGGUAUAGCCACAAGGCAGCGAAGGUUUGAGAUCAGAGUUUUCCUUCUAGAUGAGCUGCCAACCACGGCUGAUAAGCCCCACCUGUCCGAAACGAUAACCCGCCUUUGCUCCUUCUCCUGCCGGUAGAAACGGUCCCGCUGGCCUUGGUAGGUAAGCCACGCGUAAAGGCCUGCAGCUGGAACUGGUUGUCAGCGGCUAUUUGAGAAGCAUUUAACAGAUGGAGGGAGCUUGUCCUACGUCGCUGCUGGUGCCAAACUGUAUCAGUCUCUGCCGUUCCUUUGGCUUCACCAGAUGCGUGGAGAGGGGGAGCUGCUCGCUCUCCAUAUCGUACUGCCCAUCUAUAACAACCCCGAGGAGGUGGCCUAACCUAAGUUUUAGGAGACCACCAAACAAAACGCGUCAAGCUACGAGAGGAGGUUUGGGGAGGUUUGUUAAGGGAAAGGAGGGAACUAAAGGAUUAGUAGUUUGAGGAAGGAAUGCCAGGAGGAAAAGCUUCGACAGCCAAAGAACCUGUUGAUGGCACAAAUGUAUACAGAUCUCUGGACUGCAUGGAAGUACUGGCAACUAAGUACAAGGAAAAGUGUAAAGUAGAAUCAAGUACAGAGUCUGAAUCAGAUACUUGCACUGCCGAGUGUUUGGAUCCAUAUGAUGGAGAUUUGGAGAGCACUUCAAGUGAACCGGAUAGUGAUAGACGAUUUAUGCAAGAUGUCUGUUCUGAAAAGACAAGCUAUCUAUCUCGUACCAUUGUAACAGUAAAACCAUACAAACAAUCCUUGCUGACAACUUUUCUGCCUGCACACAGUUAUACCGAGUUAAAUUCCAUCCAGAUGGAAACUGUGACCACCAAUGGUGUGGUUCCACAAUCUUCCAGGGAAUCGGAAUUGCUUUCUAACAGAGUACAUGAACUGGCACUUGCAAUCAACAGUUCUGUGGCAGAUCCUGGACAGCAGCAGUUUGGAUCCUUGGAGUUGGAUGUACUGACUGAAUCGUCUACUUUCAACACGAAUGGUGAAAGAGAUCACGAACUUCUGAAUGUAUUUGUUGUUCAAGACCCUGGGAAACAUGACUUCAGGCACCAAAAUGUUCACUUGUGCUCAGGACAACUUUUAAAUGCUGCCCAGGAAAGCUUUCUUGAGAAAAGGGUAUCAUCAAAACGAAAGUUUGGAAGCCACUUAAUUGAAGCAAGCAAUGACCGAAUAAUUAAAAAGAAAAGUUGUAUGAUAAGAACAGAGGUAAGCAAUUUUGUGGUGAAGUAGACUGUUCAGAAAUGCUUCCACUGUAAUGUUAUUUGAACUGGUAUAAACUGGAUUUAAAAUGUUACAUACUCAAGAUGUUGCUGGCCUGUGCAAUCCUUUUCCAUUGCAAACAUCCAAUUUUGGCUUGAAUAGAACCAAUAGAUUCUGAAUAAGACAACAAUCAUUCUGUCACAAUAGUAGUGUCUGUGCAUAAUUGAAUAAUCUUGUUUAGUGAAGUAAGUUGUUUUUUUCCUCUUGAUGUUUGUUUGCCAGGAUAAAGUUCUGCAGGUGAGAAAAACUUUGUACUCUCUCCCCAUUUGCCAAUUUUGUGAAUGCAAGUGAUUUGUGGAA